UCCCCCGCAGCUCUCCGAACCCCGAAAUUGGCCAGCUCGGAGGCCUGGCCCCCGGGGAGAGCAGGGAGUGUAGACGGAGAGCCGGAAGCACCUCCGAGGUCACUGAACAAAUGAGGAAACUGAGGCCCCAGAUCAUAAUCGGGGUGAUGUUGAUGAUGAUGAUGAUAACUAGCAUUUAAAUGGUGCUUUUAAGGUCUGAAAGAGCUUUUGAAUCUCAUAGCAGCCCGGGGAGAUGGUUCCUUUUUCAGGUGUAGGACAGAUCCGAAGUUACUAUGUGGACUGGAGAAUGCUGCGUGAUGUAAAGAGGAGGAAGAUGGCCUUUGAAUUUGCUGAUGAAAGGCUUCGGAUCAACUCCCUCAGAAAGAACACCAUAUUGCCAAAGGACCUCCAAGAAGUAGCAGAUCAGGAAAUUGCUGCUCUUCCCAGAGAUAGCUGUCCUGUCCGGAUAAGAAAUCGUUGUGUUAUGACAUCUCGCCCCCGGGGUGUGAAGAGGCGCUGGCGGCUCAGCAGGAUUGUCUUCCGGCAUCUUGCUGAUCACGGCCAACUCUCUGGGGUCCUGAGAGCAAUGUGGUGAAUGCACUUACUCUAGCACUUAAUUACUGCAAAGACACACUGUGCUUGAUUGUUUGGCAUUGACGUUAAGGCAUGUGACCACCAUCAUGAAUAAACAAGUUGAUUUUUUUAGCAGGGAAAAUCUUGAUAUUGUAGAAAUCUGUGUAGGACAUGGUCUGUGACUGAAUUGUUUUCGUGUAAUUGAACUUGUUACUACUGGUAAAGAAAAAGGAUUUUGAUGUGAAGAAAA